CCUCUGGGGAGUCUCGACUCCCGCAUGAAUAAUCGGGCUUUGAAAGAGAAUACAGGAGAGGGGCGGAAAGGAGCUGUCCUUGUGGAAAGUUUCUAGACCAGUGCAGUUGAACUCAAAAAACAAAGAGCGAAAACCCAACUCCUCCGAGGAGAGAGACUAAGAAUUUGUCAAGCAGCCACUGGGAGCAGGCAGGGGAAGCGAGCAAGCAAAUAUGAAGCCCGCAUUCAGCUCACAGCUGGCUUGGUUAUGUGCACUGACCGUCUUGCUAGCUGCAUGCCCAGCGUGGCUGCAGAAGCCCCCAAAGAGGAAAGUGAUCAAGGCGAACACCAAGGCCCUGGCCUGCUGCGAGGAGCUGCAGGAGCUGAAGCUGCAGGUGGCCAACCUGUCCGCCUUAGUCGAAGAGCUGAGCAAGAAGCAGGACGACGAGCUGGGAAACGCAAUCCUGCAGGUGAUGGAACUCGAAGGGAGCGUGAAGCAGAUGGACCUGCGGCUCAACGACGUGGAGGGGAAGUACUCCGAGAUGAACAACCAGCUGGGCAUUGUGCAGCUGCAGGCAGCUCAAACCAUCACGCAAACCUCCGCAGAUGCUGUAUACGACUGCUCGUCCCUUUAUCAGAGGAACUACAGAACCACCGGGGUCUACCGACUCCUCCCUGAUGAAUUCCUAGGGACUCCAGAACUGCAGGUAUACUGUGACAUGGAGACCGACGGUGGAGGAUGGACGGUCAUCCAGAGACGCAAAGUUGGCCUGAUCUCCUUCAGCCGGGACUGGAAGCAGUACAAACGAGGAUUCGGCAGCAUCCAAGGAGACUUCUGGCUGGGAAAUGAGCACAUUCAUCGGCUUUCCAUGCGCCCAACGAUGCUGCGCGUGGAACUGGAGGACUGGAAUGGCAACGUACGUUAUGCUCAGUACCAUCACUUCAGCCUGAGUGAUGAGCUGAACAGCUACCGGCUGCUCCUGGACAACUACAGCGGCAACACUCCACACGACUCCCUGCGGUACCACAACAACACGGCCUUCAGCACGAAGGACAAGGACAACGACAAGUGCGUGGAUCACUGCGCACAGCUGCGCAAAGGCGGCUACUGGUACAACUGCUGCACAGACUCCAACCUGAAUGGGGUUUACUACCGUAACGGAGACCACAACAAGAGCACGGACGGCAUCACCUGGUACAGCUGGCACGGCAAAACCUACUCCCUGAAGAGGGUGGAAAUGAAAAUCCGCCCUUCGGACUUCAAAGCCCAGGGUGACAUCAACAAGUUGGAGUAAGAGGACAGUGACACUACUUUAUGGGGGACGACCAGGGAGGGGGCAGACACACACAGACAAAG